AUGGUCGUGCCCGGCGAGUGCCUUGAGCGCGUCGGUGAGAUUGCUGUUCUGGUAACUGCCGUGGAGCUGUGUCCACAGAGGGAACAGCUUGUCGAUGGCCUCAUCGCUCAGGUGCGUUUGGUAACUCUCAUGGUGAGAGUACGCACGCCGGGACGAUUCGUGAUCCCACACUCUGAGCAUUUGGAAGAACAGCGCGAACACGUCGCCGACGAGGCCAAGGUCCCAGAAGCCGAGCGGGGUGAGGCACUGCUGACCCGGUUGGUUGGAGGGGCAGUUGGCGCAUUCGAUGGCAUUGUCAACUACACUGAGCUUAUGCGGCAGGAGGCUGGGACAGCUGUCUGUGAGGAACGACUGCAGCGGAGAUGUGGGCGGGCAGUUGUGACUUGCGUCGGUGGCCUGGUUGUCGUAGGUGUUACACUGCCAGUGGGAGGACGGCACCUGCCGACCGUAGUGGCACUCCCGCCAGCCCUUGGUUGUGGCGGUGGCACGGCAGCACUGGGCGUAGAGGAAAUACAGGACGCGACACAGGCGGCAUACUAUGCCCCUCAACAUAUCCAGCACCUCGGCGGGGUCGUCCGGGUAGUACAGCUGUGCGGUGUUGUUGGCGAAGUCGACGGAGUAGGGGUAGGCGGCGAGGUCAAAGCCGCGGCCGUGGCCCUGUAUGGUUACGAGCAAUGA